AUGGCAACCACGCGCUUCUCAGGGCCAAGCGCCUCUCUGAAGAUUACCCCCUCCAAUUCUCCUGUGCUACGACCGGGAACCCGAUCGCCGAGCAAGUCGUCACACCAAUCUUGCUUAUCGCUUCAGACAGUGUUGGGUACAACCACUACAACCCCCAAUGGCUUCUCCAGUCACGACGAGAGCAAGCGCUUUGCUCUAUGCGCCGGCUCAGCCGCAGUGCUCGCCGAGCUUGACGAUGAUGCCAACAUCAGCCAGCGCUUCUUCCGAGCUCGGCCGUCGGCUACCAGCGUGAACCCGACCACGUCCUUUUAUAAUCAUUCUACCCCGCCCGCGACACCGGAUCCCAAAGCUCGUCCUCUUUCACAUAUUCGCUCUAAUCCACACCUCAAUCUCCCUGCGUCGCCCGCCGGCGAAGCCUCUGAUGGCGGAAGCCCGCGCGCAUGGUCGUCAAGAGAAAGGAUCAAAGCGGUCACCAGCGUCUCGAUCAGCCCGAAUGGAAGGUUUCUAGCGGUGGGAGAGACCGGUUACAACCCCCGAGUGUUGAUCUUUUCAACAGCCCGUGACACUUUACCCGAUGUUCCUCUGUCGAUUUUAAAUGACCAUACAUUUGGUGUCCGCAGCCUUGCCUUCAGCCCCGAUUCGCAGUAUUUGGCAACCCUCGGCAAUGUGAACGAUGGAUUCCUCUUCGUCUGGUUGAUCAACCUCAAAAAUGGCUCAGCCAAGCUACAUUCGGCGAAUAAAUGUACAUCCUUUAUCCGCGAUAUGUGUUGGCUGGGUCAAUCCUUGGUAACAACCGGCGUGCGCCAUGUCAAGGUAUGGAGGCUUCCUACCAAUCGACCAGUCUCGCCAACCAAAUCUCGAUUGGCCGUAGAAGGAGGAGGACCUUCGCCAAAUCCCGCUCCCAAAGCACUCUCGGGCAGGAAUUGCUUGCUUGGCCCACUGGGUGAUAGUACAUUUAGCUGCGUGGGUAGCAUAUCCGACCAGGAGGCUGUGGUGGGCACGGAGUCGGGUGCUGUUUGCCUCAUCGAUGAUCGGGAAGGAUCUCAGAAAAUGACAAUAGUGGCGCAAUUUGGGUUCGCUGUGACCUCGUUGGCGGUUGAUUUUGACCGUGAGUGCGUCUGGCUGGGCGGGCGUGGCAGGAGGAUGCAGCGUCUGUCUUUUGAGGCUAUUCGAUCACCACCCAUGUCACCAGCCCGGGUGGAGAAAGGCGUACUGGACAAGAAAAACAAAGCGCCGUCCAUUACUUGCAUGGGUUCUCUUUCGUCCCACUUGGUCACGGUGGAAAUGACCCGUGAGAUUCAUAUUUACCCGAUGGACGAAUUGCGGGAAGAAGGCGAGCAAGAACAGGAGCCUGGGGCGAACUCUAUGCCGGCUCAUCGAGACCCUGUGCUCGGAGUCCGUCGUUUGAAAACACCAAAUGCCUUCUCUGCGGACUUUUUCUCCUGGUCUCGCAAUGGCUCCGUGAAUUUCUGGGAAGCGAAAGGAAAAUGUCUACAAUCCAAGACGGUUCCAUUCGAACAAGACCUAUUGAUCGAAGACGAUAUCGCAAAUGAGCUGAAGGUCUUAAGGGCUGGAGACAAUGCUGAUUGGUUCGUAUCAGGCGACAAAUUCGGAGUUUUGCGGCUUCUUUCGCGGGAGCCCUGGGCUUGUGUCAAUGAGGCUCGCGCUCACGGGGCUGAGAUCACAGACAUUGCUAUUCACUCUUCUGCCGAUUCCUGUCUAGUCGCGAGCUCUGGCCGAGAUCGCACAGUGCAGCUGUUUGAGAAGAGAGCGAACGAAUUGCAAUUGAUCCAGACCAUGGAAGAUCAUGUUGGGGCAGUGGGUCAGAUCCUGUUCAUGAACGACGGUGAGAAAUUGCUGUCGAGCUCUGCGGAUCGUACCAUUCUCAUUCGAGAGCGCGCCACACGAGAUGUAGAUGGUGCAACUUCCGUUGCUUACCUCGUAUCCAGAGUCAUCACCCUCAAAUCGUCUCCGGUCUCCAUGACCCUCUGUCCCGAUGACUCGAACUUGCUUUUCGUGUCGACUAUGGACCGCUGCAUUUUCAAAUUUGACAUACCUUCCGGACGACAGCUUCAUUGCUUCCGCUCAUCCGAUUCGGAAGCAACCGAUGCUGUUAUAAUGAGUGCUUUGACUGUGACCUCGGAAAUUCCAGGCCAGUGCCCAAAGCUUCUGCUUGGAGUUUCUAGCACGGACAAGUCCAUCCGAGUAUAUGAUCUAGAGCGAGACCAGUUGCUCACCGGAGAGUUUGGACAUACCGAAGGUGUGAGCGAUGUGUUGCUUCUGGAGGAUUCUGAUGAGUCUGACAAGUCCGUGCCCAAACGGAACUUGGUUUCGGCGGGUAUAGAUGGAAUUCUGAUGAUCUGGAAUCUAUCUGUGCAGCAACAAAUCUCACAGGAUCUACAAAACGGGCGAGAGGAUGAAGGACCCGUGAAGGAAAUGACUGCAGCAAAACCCCCUUUGCGGAAGGUUCUUUCAAGGACUGAACUAGCUGGAUUUCGACCCGAGAAUCCUUUGGGAACUCCUACGCCAGUUCGCGAGCGCUCUCCGACAUUGGCAAGGAAACUGUCAAAACUAUCCUUGACACCAUCAAGUCUCAAGAACAAUUCUCUUGCUGAGACACCGUCUCCAAAUCGCCGCUCGCCUACAUGCUUCACCCCAACAGAUCGAAGCCGCCGGUCCCCAUCUCCAAUUAGCCCAAAGACAAGGACAUCAACCUAUAAGAAGCCAAGCAGUGCACGAAACACCAACCGUCGAACAUCUAUGGACUACCGGGCGCGCGCCAAAACUCCUAGCCGAAGCGAAUUCGGCAGUCUGGACAUGUCUACCGAGCAGGUGUGCCGGACUCUACGAGCAUAUCGCAAGAAGCUCAACGGCUCAAGUCAGCACAUGAAAGCUCAAAAGGAGCUUGAGCGAGAAUUGAACCUUACCCUUCGUGCGGUGAGCGCGCGGUCUCAGACUAGCGAUGAGAGCGGCGAGACCGAGACUGAUAGCAGCGGCAAGGACAUGGAUCGCAAGCUGAGCUACUCAUCAAUGUCUUCUCGUUCCCCUCGUAUGCAUCGCCAAGCACCCUCCGCCCCAGCGCUUCGUCAUACCGGCGUCCGUGAGGUCUCGAGAAGCCGGUCUUUUGAUGAAAAUGCCGAUGAUUGA